AUGGGUGGUCAGCCCCAGAACUCAAAUGCAGAAACUGAGGAGAACAAAUCCAAUUACCCAAAUGAGGAGGGUGAACACGACAAGAAAUCUCCCGGACAGCAGGUUAAAGAGGAAAAAUCUAAAGACCUAAAGGAACAGAAUGAGGAUAACACCCAGCCAUCUUUAAAAACAUCAGAUCUGCAGGAAGAUAAAGAACCCUCAGCAUUAUAUUCCUCUAGUUCAUGGGAAAAAGAAACAUCAGAUUGGAAGGAUGAUCUAUCUAGCUUUCUUACUCCCGAGAAAAGCACAACUAUUUUUUCCUCCCUCAUUUCAGAGCAUACUGACACUGAUGAUCUAAAGACAUCAACUUGGACUGAAUCCCAAUUGGUGAAUCCAGAGUUGCAGUCUGAGGUUGAAUCUGUUCCUGUAUGCGUAUGGAAGAAGCCUACAGAAUGGAAGGAAGAGGAACGCCGUUUUUCUAUCCCAGCACGCAAGCCUUCUUUCCAUAACCGCUGUGGCUGCAGUACAACUGAACGAUUGAUCAAGCACAGCCCACUGCAUCUUCCCAAAGCACCAUUUCACAAAAGCAUUAUGUGGAGACAUCAAAGACCACUAUUCAGAGGACACGAGAUCUGCUCACGAGAGAAAGGACUUUUGAAGAAUGUGAAAAGGAAGAAAGACUACAGGGCACUUACCAAAGCUCAGAUGCUUAGGAUGCUUUCCUCCAAAGGAAGCAACAGGCAAAGUAAAGCUAUGUACAAUCUCUACACAACAUUCUGUGAUGAGGGAGAACACUUUGACCCAUGUCUUCUCCAUGGAACAAAAGGACUCUCCAGGGCUUGCACCAUUUUUACUGCCAUCAGAAGGGGAAGAAUUCACAUCAACUAUCUCCUCCUUACCUUACACACUUUGGGUAUCCUCCUGUCCAAAGAUCAGAUGCUUCAAGUUCUCCAGUUUAUCCCUAUUGAUGCGUAUGGCAGUCUGGAUUUUUAUGACUUUUUGGAUGUUGCACGUAACACCUUGCUCUACAUUGAUCUUGAGGCUUUUGAAAAUGUUCAGAGGAUUUUCCGAACCAUUAAAAAGGAUAUGAUAGCCAUUGAAGAAUUGGAGCCAAUUUUAGCAUGCUUGGGGGUCAGCCUUAGUCCCCUAAUUAUACAGCAAACACUAGAACACACUACAAUUACCAAGGAUGGGAAAUUGAACAUCUCAGAAUUUCUGACAUCUGUGAGAGGAUUAUUAAGUCAACAUAUGCAUGAGUAUGGUAUUUUGGACAGAGAAUCUUGCCAAGGCUUUCCUACUAUGGAUGACUCCGAAGUAGAACGGAGAAGAAAUAUUUUGCUUGAUAAGGGGAUACCACUUUGUUAUGCUCACUUGGUUGGAUUAUAUGAACCAGAUGAAGAGAUCACUAUUGACAGCCUAGAGAAGAAAGCAAAUAAAUUUCAGAAACUUGUUGGGCUAAAGCAAACCAACAAAGCAACAGCUGCAGUUUCCGUGGAUGAAAAGGACAAAAAAGACCAAAGCACAGAGUGGCCAAAGAUUAGAUCAAAAUAUGGCUAUACAAGUCAUGACACACUGUUUCCAUUAAGUUCCACUCUCCCACUUGGAGAAAGUAAAAUAAUGGCCACACAGUCAAAGACAAGAUGGCCAUUGAAAAAGCCCCCAGUACUACCUGAUCUUUCUUUAGUUCCUCAUGCAAGCCUCAGUAGUGAAAGUAUAAAGCAGAAAAAGAAGAAGAAAAAGAAGAAGCUUUCCUUCCAAGAUGAUAUCCCAACUAGGCAUGAUGAAGACAAACAGGAACUUGAUGAAGACAAACAGGAAACCGAAGCUAAGAGAGAUGAAAGUGAAGAUAUGGGACAUUUAGAAGAUCUAUCAUUUCAGGAAGGGAUUGAACUGGAGCCACACGAUCCUUUAUCAUCAGCCUCACUGCCUUUUAAUGACACCUUACAGAAUAUGUUUGAUGUCAUCCAAAUGCUUCUGGAAGAUAGCAUCAAAAGUCAUGAUCUAUGCUCCACCCUGAACAAACUGGGAAUCGGCAUGAGUGACACAGAAUUCCAGGAAAUGCUGCAGCAUGCAGAUGUGGCAGAAGACGGGACAGUAAAUUUCAACAGCUUCAUAUCCUUAAUGGAGAAAAUGUAUUUCUUGAGUGAAUUUGCAAUUUUGAAACGUACCAUUCAAGCCCUUGACAAGAUAGAAGAAGACAAGAUGGUUCUGCAUGACCUUCCUUUCUUUAUUAGAAAUAUGGGUAUCCAGCUGCAUGAAAAUGAAUUAGAAGAAGCCCUAAAACAGGUUGCUAUUGACGGUAAAGGAAAGAUAAUUGUGAAAGACUUCAUUGAAAUUCUUACCCGCAAUCCCCAAUUUAAAGAACUGUCAGUGUUGAAAGAUACUAUUCAAGCAAUCAACAAUAUUAAAGAGAACAAAGUUUCUCUGAAGGACCUCAAAACCACCCUCCAGAAUAUGGGCAUUUAUUUAUACCCACAGGAGUUCGAGGAUCUAAUUCAGAUGAUUGCAGCUGACAGAGAAGGAAAAGUUGAUAUUGGGCAAGUCAUAAAGAAGGUUUUCAAACUAAAACGCUUUUCAGACAUUGAAGUUCUGAAUUAUGUCAUUGAGAUCAUUGACCAAUUCAAGGAAACAAAGUUGAAUGUUUCUGAAGUGGAGAACUCCUUCAGUAAUAUUGGAAUUCAUUUAAACAAGUCAGAAUUAAUGCAGGUCACUGAGAUUUUGUCAGAUGCUGCUGGUGAGACCGUGGAUGUUAAAGAACUGAUAUCAGCUAUGAAUGAAACUAGACGAUUUAAAAAUUAUACUGCUGUGCUUGACUGCGUCCUAGCUCUCAGGUUGAUUAAGGAACACCAAGCAGCACGAUUGAAGCUUGAAACAGAAACUCUCAGAACUAUAGACCUGCCCAUGGCUAACCAAGUGAUUGGCCAAGCACUAAGGUCAGCAAACAUAACAGAAACUGGGCAGGCAAAAUUUAAUAACUUCUUGAGGAUAUUGAUGAGGAAUCCACAACUUAAAACUUCUGCAGCUUUGGAAGUUGGUUUUGAUAUUCUGGCCAAAAUGAAAAACGAAAGGAUUGAAUUCACAGAGUUGCAGAUGCUUAUGCAGAGCUUCAAUAUCAACUUGCCAACAGAGGAUAUGUCAGAGGCAUUGGCCUUUUGCAAUGUUGAUGAUAACAAUACAUUAAAUCUAAAAGAGUUCAUCAGGAAUGUGAUCUAUACUGAUACUUUUGUUACUAGGCCAGAACUGCAGCUCAUCUGCUUGGCCUUGAGCAAAUUCGAAGAUGACCACUUCGAUCUCCAGACUCUUCAAUCCAGCCUGGACACUAUGGAACUUUUUAGGGCCAAUGAAUUAUUGAAGGAAGUGAUGAACAUAGCCAAAGUUGACAGUUAUGGCAAGGUUAAUUUAGAAGAACUCAUAAGGGUUUUAACUGUAAUACCAGAGAUUCCAGAAGCAACCGUGCUGAUGGAUACCCUUGAUGCAAUGCAUAAUACCAUAGACCAGGAGAUUAAUAUCAAUGAUCUAGCAAAAACCUUGACCACCAUGGGUAUCAACCUGACACCGGAUGAAAUGCAAUCACUAUGCAACUCAGUAGCCACCACUGGUGAGAUUAGUACUUAUUUCAAUUUCAGUAUUCCAGCGUACGAUGGGGCAUUGAAUUUUAAUGAUAUUAUGAAAGAAAUAAUUGGAACAGAGUCCUUUGUAGAAAUUCAUGCUUUACAGAAUACUUUCCAUACUAUCCACAAGAUUGUAAAAGAGGACAUUACAAAGGAAGAUUUUCUGGAUGCCCUAGAAUACUUAGGCAGCCACCUGACACCCGAUGAUCUGCAAGAGGUUCUAGCAUUUGCUUCCAGUGAUGAAUCAGGGAAAGUGCAUGGGAUGGAAUUCCUCAAGAUUUUGUCUAGUCCCACCAGGAUUUCUGACAUCAGAGCAUUGCAGAAUGCCACAAAGAUUUUUGAAAACCCCAAUGAAGAGAAGAUGACUAUCAAUCAGCUGGAAGAUACUCUAGAGAAUAUGGGAGUAGAUUUACCUAGUUCAAGAUUCAAUGAGAUAAUUCAAACUCUCAACACUGAUGAAAAUGAUGAAAUAGAUUUCAAAGAGUUUUUGCUAGCACUGGGUGAAACAAAAGAUUUUACUGAAAUGGAAGUUUUACAGCAUGUCAUUACCAUUGUUGAUAAAAUGCAUGGUGACCAGCUAUAUAAAAAUGAACUGCAGGACACUAUAGGCGAGUUGGGUCUUCAUUUGACCGAGGAAAAAAUCCAAGAAAUUUUUCAUGAUAUCGAUGUGGAUGCUGAUGGGACUGUAAAUCUAAAAGACUUUCUGAUGACUCUUCCUAAGAUGCAUUACUUCAGGGACUCUUUAGCAUUUCAAUCUGCUGUUGUGGCCUUCAGCAAGAUAAAGGAUGGGACUGUUGAUCCUGGAGAAUUGGAGUCCAUUUUAGAUUUUCUGGGAGUUACGUUGGACACCACAGAGCUCCAAAAUGCAUUAAAGGGUACUUCCAUACCUGGAACUGGAAAGUUCGGUUUCAAGGACUUCUUAGUCAAUGUGACAACAAAUGAACGCUUUUCUGAAAACUCACUUCAUGGCACCUAUAGCAUUCUCUGCAGAAUGAAUAGAGAUAAAGUUGAGAUUUUUCAGAUGAAAGAUCUGCUGGCUGCUAUUGGCAUCACCUUAACCAAGGAGGACAUGAUGGAGGCACUGAAGAACAUGACAGUAGAUAGUAAUGGGAUGGUGAAUUUGAAAGAAUUUAUGAAGAUGUUAUUACUCACACAGCGAUACUCUUCAGCUGGAGACAUGGAAAAAGCAGUGAAAACACUGAAGAGCAUCAGACAAGAUAAAAUAGAAUAUGAAGAGUUGGAUUCCAUCAUGUGUGCUCUGGGCCUUCAGUUAUCUCAAGAUGAAAUCCAGAAAGCACUGGAAUAUGUUACCACAAACACUGAUGGGACACUGAGUAUGAAAGAUUUUAUGUUUGCAUUGACCAACAAUCGAAGAUUUUCUGAAGCUGAUAGGAAACCUGAUUUCCAACUCAACUGCAAUGUAAAUGAUCCAACUACAAUGCUAGAUAUUGAAGGUCCUCUUUCCCUAAUGUGUCCUUCAGCCAAUUUAUUUUGCCACUUAGGUGACAUAGAAGAAAAAGUUGCUGUGGAAGAUGUAGAGUCUCUUUUGUCCAACAUGGGGGUGCCGUUAACCAAAGAGCAGCUCCAAGAAGUAUUGAAGAAUGUGACUGUGGAUGGUGAGUAG